AUGAGAGCCAUGUCUCCCCAUGCCAACAGCUGCCUGAGCAAGUCGCCUGUCACCCUUCCCUCCCCCUCCUGCUCUGCAGACAAAAAACUGGUCGGUGUCCUGUGCUUCCCAGAACCGCAGCGCGUUAUUGAUCUAUAUAUAGAGGCGGGGAGGGGCCGCGGAGCAGUCGCACUGAGGCUGAGCCCAUCCCAGCAGUCAGCUGCUCCUCGGUGCCCAUCCGAUCUCUGCACCUCAUCGCCCUCCAGCCGGACCCUGCUUCCCAAUCCGUCUCCUCCGAUCUCAGUAAGACGCUGCUUCUUUCUCUCCCGCCCGGAGCGGUGGCUCGCGCCCCACCGCCCAGCCAUGUCGAACUCCAAGCAGCGCCUGAUGCAGGGCAUGCACCAGGACCUGAGCUGCCCCAGCUGCCUGAAGCUGUUCAAGGCCCCCGUGACGGCUGAGUGUGGCCACACCUUCUGCCUGGAGUGCCUGUCCCAGGCCGCGGCCUGCCCCACCUGCCAGGCCCCCACCAAGGUGGAGCAGCUGCACAUCAACCAGCAGAUGGAGCACCUGGUGCAGUGCUUCCGACAGGUGCCCCACGACCACUGCGAGGAGCACAUGGACCCCCUGAGCGUCUACUGCGAGCAGGACCAGCAGGUCAUCUGCGGGGUGUGCGCCUCGCUGGGCAAGCACAAGGGCCACAACAUCAUCACGGCCACCGAGGCCCACCAGAGGAUGAAGAAACAACUUCCCCAGCAGCAAAUUCAACUGCAGGAGGCACAAGUGCGUAAGGAGAAAAUGAUCACUCUGCUGAACAGACAGAUAGCAGAAGUGGAGGAUACGGUGGUGCGAUUCAAGCAGCAGGUGUCGGAGCAGCUGGGGGUGAUGCGCGCCUUCCUGGAGGUGCUGGAGGCCUCGCUGGGCCGGGAGGCAGAGCGGGUGCAGCAGCAGGCCACGGCCGUGCUGCGGGAUGAGCACAAGACCAUGGGCCACUACCUAGACCAGCUCAAGCAGAUGGAGGCCGUGCUGGGUGAGGUGCAGGAGGAGAGCCAGACCGAGUUCCUGAGGAAAUACUGCCUGGUGGCCAGCAGGCUGCAGAAGAUCCUGGGAGAGUCCCCGCCAGUCGCCCGGAUGGACAUCCAGCUGCCAAUCAUCACAGAUGACUUCAAAUUCCAGGUGUGGAGGAAGAUGUUCCGUGCACUGAUGCCAGCUCUGGAGAACCUGACCUUUGACCCGGACACGGCCCACCCCAACCUGGUGGUGUCGGAGGACGGCAAGCGGGUGGAGUGCGUAGAGCACAAGCAGCCGGUGAGCUCGGACGACCCGGGCCGCUUCGACAAGUCCAACUGCGUGGUGAGCCGCCAGAGCUUCUCCAGCGGCGAGCACUACUGGGAGGUGACGGUGGGCGACAAGCCGCGCUGGGCGCUGGGUGUUAUCUCGGCCGAGGCGGGGCGAAAGGGUCGGCUCCAGGCCCUGCCCUCCAACGGCUUCUGGCUGGUGGGUUGCAAGGAAGGCAAGAACUACGAGGCCCAUGUGGAGCACAAGGAGCCGCGGCUGCUGCGGGUGGAGACCAAGCCCAGCCGGAUCGGGCUGUAUCUCAGCUUCGAGGACGGGUUGCUGGGGUUCUACGACGCCAGCGAUGAGGACAACCUGGUGCCACUCUUUGCCUUCCACUCGCGCGUCACCACCACCGUCUACCCCUUCUUCGACGUCUGCUGGCACGACAAGGGCAAGAACAGCCAGCCGCUGGUCAUCUACACGCCAGAGCCGGAGGCCUCCUAA